CCAAACAGCAACCAGACAACAAGUGCACUCCAAUUGACCUACAACUGCCCAAGAUGCUUUUCAAACCUUGGUCUGAAUUACCUCCUUCCAAUCGUCACAACCUCGACGACGAAGACGAUAUUGCUGACGAUUUCACCAAAGAAGAUUUGCCUAGCUUUGAAGUAGUCGAAGACUUAUCUCUCGAUGAUCAGACAAAGCUGAGUGAUUUGGUUGUUUUGCCUUACAAUUUGGCCACUUUAAUUGACUCUCUUCCUAACACUUUUCAAAAAAAAUUGAUUUCAACAAUUUCAAUCAAAAAUAACCAUAAAACUAAUUCUGCUGCUUUCAAAACCCCAAACACUUCUGAUUUUGACGACGCUAAUGAUACAGAAUUCAAUGAGGAUCAACAAUUAUACUCUACUGAUCCUUCAAAGCCAUUCAAUAAAAAUUCUUUAUCGUUACUCAAUAUUCAAAUCCAAAUUUACCAACUAUUCGAUUCAUCAAAUAAUAACAAGAUUCACUUUAAUUUGAUUACUUUACCUUACUUGACCAUCAAUCUUAAUGAUUACUUUUUAAAUUCUCUAGCUUCCUUUUUAUUAAACUAUUUGAAUCCAAAAUUUAUUCUAUCUUUUGCUCCAUCAAUUUUAAAUUACGAUAAUUUAAUUAAUAAAAUUUACUCAUCAAACAACAUAUUAUCCAAUUUCAAUAACAAUCAUUUAUUAUUAUCAAAGUUAAACAACUUCAAGUUUUUAAAUCCUCCUCAUUAUAUCUCAGGUAUUUCAGCCUCAAUUUUAAACUACUCAAUUUAUUUAAAUAAAAAAUUCAAUGCUUUAAUUUUAGCCUUGCAUUCAGAUGGUAUUAAAAAUUUCGAAAUCGUUUCAAUCGAUUCUCUUUUAUUAUCAAUUGAUUUCUUAUCUUCCUACUUUCACCUAAAUGAUUCUCAAUUUCUCAUAUAUAAGAAAAACUUUCUCAACUCUACAAAUUCAUUUAACUCAAUUAACUCCUCUUCAAUGUAUAUCUAAUCUUUUUUUUUUUAAUUGUCC